GUAGAUGGCAAAUAUCAGAGUACAGGUUAGCUUAGCUGCGCAAGGUCGCAUCUAUAUGUGAGUUCGCUUGCUCUGAGACAGAAUGUAUCCAAUAAGGAGAGUGAACGAUUCAGUGCACUGGUUCAUGAAUGAGCUCACAUCCAGGGUGGUUGCGGAGUCAGGGAUCCCCACAGACAUUCACCAUAUUGGAAAAAUCCUGCUGCGGAGCCUUAAGGAUGAUCCGGAUCUCGUGUUGCAAAUUGAUGGUGCAACGGGCGAACAGGAGACCAGCGGCUCAGUCCUAGAGAGAUCAGUGCGAUGCGCACUGGCCCUCAAGAAGCUAGGCCUCCAGCGAGGUGACGUCAUCACCCUCAUGGCUCCGAACCACUUGGACGUGGCUAUACCGUACUACGCGGCGCUUUAUCUGGGACUCAUAGUGGCGCCUAUUGACAGGACUUUGGGCGUUAGUGAGAAUCGAUUCACCCAGUUCCCGACGCCCACGAAGAUGGUAUUCAUCAUAUCGCCCCUGCAGUGGCUGACGGCAAUAAUAAUGUUCCACAUGGCGCCUAUACUGCGGUUCACGAGGCUGCAGACUUCGCAGCCUAUAACGACGCAGCAUGCGAGUCAACUCAUUAAUACUUAUAAGCCAUCCUAUAAAAUAGUGAGCCCGCCAUUUUUGAUAAACCUCUUAAGAUCAGAGGUUCAAUGCGACUUCAGUUGCUUCGAGACCAUUAUUGUCGGAGGGAGCGCUGUUACAGCUGAUCUCAUACGGGAGGUUAAGAAAGUAGCACCCAACACAGAGGUGCUGAACGGUCUUGGAAUGAGCGAGGUAACAUCGCUGGUGUUCAUAAGCGAGGGUCUGGAGCCAGAGUCUGCCACCGUUGGAAAGCCUAUUGGGGGUUUGCAAUACAGGUUGAUAGACGUCGAGACCCAAGAAGAUAUAUACGAACCUAACACGAACGGAGAGUUAUGGGUCAAAGGCCCUGGUAUCGUUAAGGGCUACUACAGAAACCCUGACGCCACAGCAGAGACGUUCACAGAAGACCGGUGGUUUAAGACUGGUGAUUUAUAUUACAGGGAUGAGCACUAUAACUUUUUCUUCGUGGAAAGAAUUAAAUUGUUGUUAAAGUAUAUGAAUAAUCAGAUUUCCCCAGUAGAGCUGGAGGCCCUAAUCUGCCAGCACCCAGGAGUGCAGGAAGUGGCCGUUACUGGAGUACCGGAACCGCAGUGCGGGGAGCUGCCGGUCGCCUGCGUCGUUCGACGACCCGGUGUCCACGUUACUGCAGAGGAGAUCAAACAGCUGGUCAAAGAAAAUUUAGCAGACUCAAAACAGUUAAGAGGAGGCGUUAUAUUUUUGGACGCAAUCCCACGAACAUCAACAACGAAGGUUAAUCGAAAAAAACUCAAGGAAAUAGCAAUGCAAUGUCCCGCCAAGGCCACCUAGUAAACCUAUUGGCCUAGCUAUCUCAUUAUCGAGACGUGCCAAUACCAACGUUAUGCCAUAAACGAGAGCGAGAAAGAUAUAUCUCCUCUCUCUCACGUACCUAUGGGACAAUGUUAGCACGCACGGGCCGGAAUGUGUUAAUAAUAGUUAAGGCUGACUGCUUGGGAUACGACCAACUAUUCGGGUUAUUUCAAACUUCGUUCACAUUUUAUAUCUUACCAUAUCUUACCUAAUAAAGUUCAUUUGA